CGGGUGCGCACCUGUCCCGCAAGGCGAGAGCGCGCGGUUUCUUCAGUCGGCUAGGCCAUGUGUGCGCAGCGCGGCGCAGCGCCUUCUGCCGUCGCUGUCAUCUGCACCCAUCAUCAUCAACACCGUUCUGCCCCUCCGUGCUUCUAAAUCCCCCUUGCGCGGUCCCCCCUUCCCCGCUUCUUUUCCGAAGCCACCGCUCAUCAGCGCGUAACACGCGGACAGGCCACGUCAGCAGCAAUGGAACAUGCUGCCCGGCGCCUCAGCCGCCUUGCGGCACAUCUCCAGGAGCAGCCCGAGGCCGAUGACGUCUCAAAAUAUUCAUCAGAGCAAGCUGUGGCUGAGGUGGCAGGACUGUGCCCAACAGUUGUCCAAGUCCCUGUCGUCGGAGGGCAUGCAGGUGCUACAAUCUUGCCUCUUCUCUCGCAGAUGAGUCCCAGCUUCUCGCUGACGAAACAGGAGACGGACUACUUGACGAAUCGUAUCCAGAAUGGCGGAACAGAAGUGGUUGAGGCAAAGGCAGGAGCUGGAUCAGCAACCCUUUCUAUGGCUUAUGCAGCAGCCAAGUUUGCUAAUAGCUGCUUGAGGGCGAUGAAAGGGGAGAGCGGGAUUGUCGAGUGCACCUUCGUUGCAUCCGAGGUGACGGAGCUCCCAUUCUUCGCAUCCCGGGUUGUCAUUGGCCGGAAUGGCAUUGAGGAGUAUCUUCCCUUAGGCCCAAUGAACGAAUAUGAAAGAAUGGGCCUGGCAAAGGCGAUUCCCGAACUGCGAGCAAGCAUUGAGAAGGGUGUGCAUUUUGUAAAAAAGUGAUGGCACGACACAGUGCCGCAGUGCCGCCCUUUGUAUCAUGUUCUCAUUCCACUAACAGUUUGAGCAGAGCAACAUCCCAUAGAGGUGUCAGCUUCUACCCACUUUGAAUUUGAAGUGUGUAAAACUUCCGCCUUCAUGUCUUUAGUAGUAGUCCCACUUUGGGUCCCUUCUUGUUGCCAAAGUCCGAACACUAGCAAUUGAGAAGUGGUUCCAUCUGUGAGUUCCAGUUCCAUCUGAGAGUUCCAGUUCCAUCUGCAAGUUCCAGUUCCAUUUGAGAGUUCCAAUUCCAUCUGCAAGUUCCAGUUCCAUCUGCAAGUUCCAGUUCCAUCUGAGAGUUCCAGUUCCAUCUGCAAGUUCCAGUUCCUUCUGCGAGUUCCAGUUCCUUCUGCAAGUUCCAGUUCCAUCUGCAAGUUCCAGUUCCAUCUGCAAGUUUGAGUUCCGGUUCAGGGCAUUCUCUCGGGCCGGAGGACAGGAGGUAGGGCCAAUUGCGACGAAGGCCGGAGCAGGGGAGAAGAAGAAGAAGACGACGACGAGGGGAUGACAGUGGCGCAUCCAUCUACCCUCUGGAGACGGGGCUGUUCCGUGUUUAACUAGGGUUAUCACUGUUGCAAUGCGCCGACUUGCUGUGCGCUGAGCUGUCGCGGAUUCGAUUGUUGCUCCACUCUCAGACAUCUUUUGUCUCCACAACAUCCUGACCCCCCUGGUGUGGGCUGAGUUUAACCGUGGAUUGUGGGGUUGGGGGGAGUCACCUGUCACUCAAUGGGAUGAGAACGGGGGUCAGCUGACCUCCCCUUGCGUGCGCUGAGUUAGACCUGGCUUUGAUCGGGAGUGGAACGGGGAUGGGGCCCAGCUAUUCCUCAAUGGGGCAUCGUGCCACUCCUAGAUUUAUAUGGGUAAUGGCUCAGCUUGUGACAGCAGAGGUGUGCAGUAAGAGAACAUGUCAGGAACCUCAUUGAAGCACCAGUCCAUGCCAGCUAUAGGCCGCCCGCGGCCCUGUUUCGGAGGCCGCCGUCCGUUUUAUCAACAACGCUCGGCCUUCUAAAUUUUAGGAGAGGCUCAAAACAGGUUCUCCAGUUGCCUGGGGCCAUGUACUGGUGGUUUAAAUGUAUCAAUAUGAAUGGCGUACGUGGGGGGAGGGCGGCGGCUUUAUGGAGGAAAAGCCUUCAAAAAGGUAGAUAGCAUCUCGAUUAUGUCCGGUUGGUGUUAGCGGGGAAGGUCUGGAGAGGUGCACGCUGGCUACGAGCCCUCUAAGACCUGUCCGUAGUAAAGUUUUCGGCAACGUUGUUGCCAUUGCUGCAGCUUCGUCGUCACCAUCACUGGCAGCAUCCUACGAUGUAUAGCUAGCUGAGCUGUGCCAACACAGUGCCAUUCUCCACAUGAUUGUCACAGUGACCUGUCGUGAUGCGCGGGCGCGCGAUUGCCGCUGACUCGUUGGCGAUGUGGCAAAUCCUGCUGAGUCAGAUCCGCGGUCGACGGAGUCAGGCUCAAUAGUGCUUGGUUUGUUCCGGCUGCGUUUCCGUCAACCUCUCUUCUAUGAUAACAAGGUGCGUGCACGUCAGACAAGACCGGCAUGAAGUAUACACGCGAGAUUGUUAGUCGUUCUAUGUGUCACUAUGUGCAACUCUUCAAUGAGAGGUUAUUUUAUGGCAAAGAGAAGAAAGAGCACUAUGGCAAGAGAAGAAAGAGCACUAUCGCACAAUGAAACUCUUUCGAACAGUGACGUUCGAUGGCCAAGUUCACCGCUCUGUGUUGUCUGUCGACGAAGACGUUGAAGUCAACCCCACAUUGCGCUUGGUUUACUCGUCGGCCAUGCAUUCUCUACUGAGUUUGUUCCCUCCCUCCCUCCCUUUGUUGCUGCACAGAGUC